UACAUGAACUGACCCGGAAGUGAUGUUUAGCUUUAAGAAAGCAGAGUCUUGCGUUAGCGGUUAGCUGCAUAUUUAACUUGUAUUUCUGUGUAGCAAAGCAGUAUUUCUGACAUAUUGGCGCAAAAUUUAAUGACAUUUAUGGCGUAAAAUUUUGAAAAGGCGCACUGAUUGACGACUGGACGAAAGAAAGGUACCCUGAAACAGCCAAAACAGUGUAACAAGGCUAGCUAUUUAGCCAAACGUAGGAUAGCAUUGUUUAGAAACUACAGCCAUGACUCUAGCGGUCGAUCGUGAGCCCAGAAAAACUGCGGGAAACCGCAUGUCAAAACUACUGGAUGCUGAAGAAGAGGACGAGUUCUACAAGACCACUUAUGGAGGAUUUAACGAUGAAUCAGGAGAUGAUGAGUAUCACGGAGAGCAUUCAGACACAGAGGAUGAGGUGGACAGUGACUUUGACAUAGACGAAGGCGAUGAGCCAGACAGUGACCAGGAGGAGGAUGCACCUAAAAGGAAAAGUCGGGUUGUCACUAAAGCUUAUAAGGAACCUAUAAAGGUGGCAAAACCCAAACCUAAAAGACCCUCUGAGGAGCAGAAGAAGACUGAAAAAGCCAAAGUCGAGCUCAAAAGGAGGAUUCCACAAGAAUUCCAAGAUUUUGGCGAGACUCGGAAGUCUGUACGUCAGUCCACCAGUGAACACACACGGAAGACCAAUCUGCGCUUACAGGAACGUCAGGAUGCCCCUCGGAGGAGAAGAGGUGCCCACCGUGACCGACCCCUCACCCAGGAGGAGCUGCUGGCCGAGGCCAAAAUAACAGCUGAGAUUAAUAUUCGAUCAUUAGAAAACUAUGAACGUCUGGAAGCUGAUAAGAAGAAACAGGUCCAUAAAAAGCGACGUUUCGAGGGACCAACCAUCCGUUACCAUUCAGUCCUCAUGCCCCUCGUCUCCCACUCGGUCCUGAAAGAAGAAAACGUGGAUGUUGAGGGGCUGGAUCAGGACCUUCCUCAGACUGCACCACAGAAUCCCACCACACCUGCCCAGCAGCCUGCAGGAGGCCUGUGCUCCCGUACUUAUAUAACGUUCAGCGAUGACGAAGCUUUCGAGGCGGCUUUUCCACACGGCGCCCAGUCCAGCCCUCAGCUGCCCGUCCAGGAGGUUUGUCCCGUCACCCACAAGGCCGCACUGUACCGAGACCCGGUCACAGACAUACCUUACGCUAACACACGAGCCUUCCGCAUCAUCCGAGAGGCGUACCGUAAAUACGUGGCGGCUCAUGGAUUUCCGAACACUUCGAGUGGGGUGACGGGACUCGACUCCUCGGCUACGAAGGGCGCCCGGCAGAAAAUGGUCGUCAAGCAGAGUGCGGUUUCCACAUAGGGUUGUUUCAAAGGGAUAGUCACAAAUUGGUGGGUGUUUCUGACUUGACUGAGAAAAAAACACAACCAACUACAGUUCUCUCUUCACGUUAUUUUUAUUCCGAUUGGUACCAUUUCUCUGUCACCAGGAAUUUACAGAAAAAAAUCUGACAUUUUGGGAUUGAACAGUCGCUGUGCUACAGUUGAAGCAAUUAAACAUUUGGCCAAUUUUGAAGGCACAAAAUUGAAUUGCUUGUAGUACAACAACUGUGUUAACAUUACCACAACUAAAUCACUUUCUGCAUACCCUUGAACUGCAAGAAAUCUUAUUUGUGAAGCCUUUAUGUAUGGAAGUUAAAUUUGUGCGUUUUGUACGUCUCUGCUCCAAAUUGGCAGCUUCGUUUUUUUUGUUAGUUUUUCUUUUUUCUUGCUUCUUUUGCGUUUCUUUUUUUUUUACCAGUGUUUUUUUCCUUACCCACAAUGUACAUACUUCUCAAUACAAUAAUAAAUAUUUGAAACUUGGA